AUGCACUACCACGUCUGCUCCAUGCACCACGACCAAGGCUCCGAGCACUACGACCAAGACUCCGUGGACCACGACCAAGGCACCGAGCACCACCACGGCUUCUCCUUGCACCACGACCAAGACUCCGAGCACGACGACCAAGGCUCCGAGCACCACUACGGCUUCUCCUUGCACCACGACCAAGGCACCGAGCACCACCACGGCUUCUCCUUGCACCACGACCAAGACUCCGUGGACCACGACCAAGGCACCGAGCACCACGACCAAGACACCGUGGACCACGACCAAGGCACCGAGCACCACCACGGCUUCUCCUUGCACCACGACCAAGACUCCGUGGACCACGACCAAGGCACCGAGCACCACCACGGCUUCUCCUUGCACCACGACCAAGACUCCCGACUGUACCCCGUCCUCCUGGCGCUUCGCGAAGCCAUCGAUUCGGCCCUUGCCCGCAGCGACCUCGAAGAAAUCGUUCCCAAUCCUCCACGCUUCCUCCGUGACAACUAG